AAGACAUCCGGUCAUGGCUUCCAUUCAAAAGGCCCUUGGUAUUUUGAGGAAUAUGCCUCGCGUAUGUUUAGCAAACAUCGCCCCCAUGCCUGGAGCAGGAAAAACACGUAAGAAUAGGAGAGGUCGAAACUCUGGUGGGAGAAAGCGUGGUAUGGGUGAUAAAGGACAAGGGGGUAGAGUCAGUGGUCUGCCACGUCUAGGCUUUGAAGGUGGACAAACUCCCUUAUAUCUUAGAGUUCCCCUUGAGAAACAUUACAACAAAGAUAACCACUUGAAGAGACAGUACCCCCCUUUAUCUUUGAUACAGUUACAGAGGCUGAUAGACCUAGGACGUAUAGAUACCUCUCAACCAAUAGAUCUCCCUGUCAUCUGUAACCAACACAUCAUGACUGUAGAUCCCUUCAAGCGACAUUUUGGAGUUCAUUUGACGGAUGAGGGUGCAGAAUGCUUCAAAGCUAAGGUCCACAUAGAAGUACAGUGGGCAGAUGUAACAGCAAUAGCAGCUAUAGAACGAAAUGGUGGCAAAAUUACAACGCGAUUCUUUGACCUGCCAUGUUUACAUGCACUCGUUAACCCUUUGAAUUACUUCAAGAUGGGGACUCCAAUUCCUAGGUGUCGAUAUCCCCCUAAUGACGCCCUGGAGUACUACACCUGUGCGUCAUAUAGGGGCUACCUGGCAGAUCCAGAGGAAGUGGAGACUCACAGACAAUGGCUUGCUAAUUAUACGGGGUACAAACUCCCCUCUAAAGACACAUAUGAGACUGAACUGAUGCAGAUGAAGAAACAUAAUCGCCAAAUUUUUUAUGGACUCGAGCCAGGCUGGGUAGUGAAUCUAGCAGAUAAAUGUAUAUUGAAACCCAAAUCUGAAGAGUUGAGGACUUUCUACCAAUCACAAUAGAUGGCAUGAUUGUCUUGUUAACAUAAAUUUGGUCUGUCCCAGCAUGGGCUUUGUCCUAGCACCUGCUCUUGCUCGAUUUCUCCAACUUGUGAGUGCAAAUUUUGCACAACAUUAGACUUGUCUGUCAAUCGUUGCCUUGCCUCUCAUUAAUAUACAUAGUGGCGAUAUUUUUUCAUUUGGUACUUAAAAAUUAAAUUAUAACUGGUCAUUUGAUUAGAACCUUUGAUGUGAUAUGAAGGGUUCCAUAUUGAUGUCAUAUAUUAACAGGUCUUAAAUGUUGCAGUGUCUUAUUUAAAUAUCUUAUCAUAUUCAGGAUAUAACUAGAAAUGGAGGCUCUCGUAGGCACGUUUGACAAUUUGAAGGUCAGUUAAAGGUCAAAUCUAAAAUUUAAGGUAAUAUUGGAACUCCUGAAACUUUUUAGAUUUAAAAAAAAUAGUUUGGUCAAUUGACCUUUUUCCAUAUAGAUAUAUAAUAGAUGGCAUCAUGGGUAUUGGUAGGGCUAGAACACAUGUAAAUGUAUACCUUUUUUAGACAGCUAAAAAGUCAUUAGAAUUUGAAUAAAGGUAAAUAACAGUGCAAAUCAAAGUUGUUUUGAUAGAAAAAUACACAGAGAAUUCAAAUAUACCGUCAAAUAGAAGAAAAUUUUAGUCUUAUGGUUAAAAAGGCAGAUCUCCUAAAAUCUCAUUAAAAAUGAGACUUUAACAAGAUUUCAAAGCUUUAUCAUGGAAAAAGGAC